AUGAAAUUGUUGAGUGUUGGUAACAAUGGUUUUUAUUGUCCUCGUUUCUAUUGUGGAGUAACUUACUGGCUAUUUGGUGGUGCAGUCAGGAAUCUUGGAAGCCCUGGACGUGUCACUAAGUGGUUGCAGCUACUGAAUGUAUGGAUGUCUGGUGAACUCCGGGAGCGGAACUACACUGGGAUGUUUGCAAUGACUGGGAGAGGCUGUGGGAGCAAUGUGAAAAGGAUCCAGAUUGAAGCCACCUUUAACCUUGCUACUCAAGAGUUUGUAAUUGACACGCUGUGUGAAAAUACCCUCAAAAUGGACGUCGGGACCACCAUGUGUGGGAAUUAGGCAGCUAUCUUUGCCCAGCUCAUCAUAGAUGGGAGAUCUCCAGGGUCCCACUGUGUCAUCGUUCCUGCCUGGGAUGAAAAUGGAAGCUUGUACCCAGGAGUGACAAAGGAGAACACGUUUAUGUUGGGGCCCAUCCUAAUCACCUCAGGUCUACACAGUGUGGAUAAUGGGAUUUUAAUAUUUGACAAGGUUCUGAUGCCAAAGGAGAACCUGCAGGACAAAUUUGGUUUCACAGCUCUAGAUAAACAGGAGCUUUCACCAAUUAUAGCCAAGAGCACAAGGCUCACAAUGACGGCAGCACUAAUCCCUUUGAGAUUAGCAGUGACUUCCCAAGCUAUCGGUGCCAUGAAGCUUGGGUUGAAGAUAGCCAUUUGCUAUAGCCACAGCUGGAGGCAGUUUGGACCCAAAGCCAAGGAAGAGGUGAAGAUCAUGGAGCACCAAACACAGACGCUGCAGCUGAUGCCUCACCUGGCUACAACAUUGCCAUGGCUUCACGGGCAGGGUUACAUGAUGGAUAAAAGAAUCUCGGCUCAAUGUGUGACCCAGAUGCAUUUGCAACUUUUGAAGGUGACAAUGUUGUUUUGGAUCAGUGUUGGGGAGAGGGCAUGCCUGUCUGCCUGCCAUCAGCUGACACUCCUACUAGGAGACCUGUUGAUACAAUACACUAAGCAUGAGGAAAAAAAACAACUCUUCAGCUUGCUCCAGAACUGGGCUGCAUCUGUGGGUGACAAGUUGAGAACCAGUUUCCUGGCAUUGAACAUGGAUACAGUCAGUAAACUCACCUUUCUGUUGAAGGCAGUGAAUUUUCAUGAAAGGAUUCUUCAGUGGUGCUUAGUGGCCAGAAUUCAUCAUAAGGUGGUCACCAAGAAGGAGGACUUCUUCCAAGCCCAGAACUCGUGUCUGCACCGCAUCACUUCCUUGAGCUAUGCCUUCACCCACACUUACAGGUCCUCUUUGGAGCAGUUCUCCCUGGUGGUGAGGAGCUGUCCAGACCUGGAGGACCGGGCUUUGCUAAUGAAGUUUUGUCUGUUGUAUGGAACCAAGCUGGAGUUCCAGGAGUGGGCCUGGUAUUUAGAGCAUAAAUAUCUGACUCCCAUGGCCAGCAUGAGUUCUGCAGUCAGAACGGGAUUCGGCUACAUAGUUCUGCUUCACGUGCUGUCUGCAGGAGCGAAGCGUCUGAGAUGGCUUCUUGCCUUUCAAGGCUGCCACCCAACUGGAUGGCAGGACCAGAUGGGACCCGCUUAUUUUUUCACAGCACAGAUUCUGGCGUGGACCAGCAGGCACUGCUUCGGUUUCCUAAUUGGCCACUGCUGAGACAACAUCCCUCAGCCUGGCAGAGAUCCUUCAUCCCGCUGGCG